CGGUGUCGGCGCGCAAACAACCGCGCCGAUUAAAUCAAGAUAUACAUAUACGUAUAUAUCUUGGCGUUCGACAUACUGCAUGCGACUGAUAAGAAUUGAAUUCUUGCCGGGGCCGAUGAUUACCGUCGCGGGUCUCCGCCGCAUACUCCGCCGUACGCCACGACACGCGCUGGUCAGUACGACUCAGCUCGCGGUUUUAGGAUAGCCAGCCGUUCCCUCCGUAUACCCGCGACCACCCCGACGAGGGACCGUUGACUAUCGAGGAGGUUUCGUACGACCAGAGGAAGGUCACGACCGACGAGAGUACACCACUUUUGUCAGCAAGUGGUCAAGCCAUGCCCGAGAAGAUUACUAUCUCGCAACAGACCUUGGUCUCUAAUAAUGGCCAGCUUGGUAAAGCUAAGAAGUUGCCGCAAUACAUGGCAGGCAUAGCAGCGACGCUCGGAGCUCUCGCUUGUGGCAUGGUGCUCGGCUGGUCAUCGCCUGCCGGUGAAAAUGGAGUGAACCUAAUAAGCGCUUAUAAUAUACCAAUUAGCCCGGCCGAAUUCUCCUGGAUAGGAUCACUCACCACUCUUGGAGCGGGUGCGAUAUGCAUUCCCAUUGGCAUGCUAGCGGACUUAAUCGGGAGGAAAACUGCCAUGCUGAUCAUGGUAGUUCCCUUCACCGUUGGUUGGCUACUUAUCAUCUUCUCGAAUUCGGUACUCAUGUUCUAUUUUGGUAGAUUCAUUACCGGCGUCAGUGGUGGAGCCUUUUGCGUAGCUGCCCCGCUAUAUACGGCAGAGAUAUCCGAGAGUGAGAUUCGCGGCGCGCUCGGCUCUUACUUCCAAUUGAUGCUCACCAUAGGUAUCCUGAUCUCAUACGUCCUUGGGGACGUUGUCGAUAUGUGGACUCUGUCGAUUAUCUCGGCGGUUAUGCCACUGAUCUUCUUCGGAGCGUUCUUUUUCAUGCCAGAGACUCCAGUGUACUACCUGAAGAAAGGUAAUGAGGCAGCCGCCAGGAAGAGUUUGAUCAGACUUCGUGGCGAUCAAUAUAAUGUUGAAGCCGAGUUGCAACAGCAUCGUGAGGCGCUUGAAGAAACCAGGCGGAGCGGUGCGUCGUUCGCAGUUUUGAUCAAAUCCCCGGCCGCGAAGAAAGGCUUUAUAAUCGCUUACGGAUUGAUGCUCUUCCAACAAAUGAGCGGAGUAAACUCCAUCAUCUUUUAUUCUUCGGACAUCUUUACCAAAGCCGGAAGCUCCAUGAAGCCCAGUACAGCUAGUAUCAUCGUAGGAGCGGUGCAAGUAAUAUCGGUGUUCCUUGGUACUCUUGUCAUUGAUAAACUGGGCAGGAGGAUUUUACUGAUGGCAUCGAUCGUAGUGAUGUUCCUAAUGACUCUGCUCCUCGGAAUUUACUUUUAUUGUAUUAAAUUUACCACUGCCUUCGAUGAUAUCAAGUGGUUCGCGCUCAUUCCGCUCUGCGUCUUUCUCAUACUAUUUUCUUUCGGCUUUGGACCAAUCCCGUGGAUGAUGAUGCCGGAAAUCUUUGCGCCGGAGGUGAAGGGAGUCGCUGGGAGCAGCGCCUGUCUAUUCAACUGGCUUAUGGCAUUUAUAGUCACCAAAUUUUACUCUGAUAUGACCGCCGCCGUGGACUCCUACGGUACUUUCUGGAUAUUCUCUUUAUUCUGCGCCAUCGGCAUUUUAUUUGUUUACUUCUUGGUUCCGGAGACCAAGGGCAAGUCGCUGGAUCAAAUACAAAAAGAGUUGAAUCGUUGAGACCAGAAAUCGAUCAUGAAUUGAUCAGAGACUCUUUUGACUAGCAGAAGAAUACAAAUUGUACUUAUUGAUGUACAUUUUACAGUUGUACAUAUAAUAACUUGCAGUGUAUAAAUGAAGCAACACAUUUUAUAAAUUGAAUACAUUGUAUCGAGCUCGUAUCACAGCACAGCAUGUAGAUAUUCUAUAUUCGAGAAUGACCGUAAUAUUAUUCAAUGUCCACAUUGUCAUUUUAUUAUAUCAUAAUGCUAUCUUCUUAACCCUCACCCGGAGGAUUUACCAACUGAAAUUUAAACAAAAUAUAUUUUAUCUUAAUAAGUAAAUAAUGAUCAGACAGAAUAUAUUUUCUCUUUUCUCUGAAAUUAUGUUGUGCAAUAGUAUCACGUGCUGAAGGGAACACUUUAGUAAUGUGACAAAAUUGAUUGAACGUAAAAUAGUAUUCAACAUCUACAUUGUUGUCUUAUAUCAUAGCUCUAAGAAAUGAAAAUUUUAAGAUAAUUCGCAAAUAUUGCUAGUCGAUCUGCCCUUUAAGAUCCAAAGAAGCAUCAGCGUCUUAAUGAUAUGGCAAUUAUAUUAUAUUAUAUUUUAAGACUGACUUUUUGGUAAACUUGUAUAAAGUUUCUAUCGAUUAUUAACUAUUUUUUUAAGCUAGCAUUAUUAUUAUAUGUAUGUUAUGUUUGAUAUUUGUUUGCCCGCUACAAAUAAAUCAUUGUUGACCAUCCAACAUAAAUUCGCAUCUUCGACAAAAUAUAGGUGACUCAAUAUCUAUUGUAAUCCUGUACGUGAUUUCCCUGCAUCUCAAUAAAAGUUGUUUUUAAUUUCUUCUUUA